AUGGCAGACGAAUCCAUCGAGCGCGUCCUCACUGUCAUCAACCAGUGCUUUGCCUUUGCGAUCCCGCCCCAGUCGUCGGCCGCGGGCCACCGCGCCGACUCGUGGCCCAAAGACCCCGUCUGGACCGGCCGCCUCGUCAUCUCGGUCGUCAAUGACGUGACGCAAGUCCAGCUCCGCGAUCCCAAGACAGGCGGCCUUUUUGCGGCCUGCCCCAUCUUGAAGGACGGGACGCCCUCGCAGCCGGAUUUUGUGCUGCGCAUCGUCGACGCCAAGUCGGGGCGCCACGCGUUCAUUGGCAUUGCAUUCGAAGAUCGCAACGACGCAUUCGACUUCAACGUAGCGAUCGACGACCAUCAAAAUGAGAUCAAGCGCGAAGAAAACGCCAUCGCCGAGGCCAGCGCCAAGCCUGCGAUCGCCGUCGACUACGCGCUUAAGCAAGGCCAAACCAUCAAAAUCAAGCUCAAUAAGAAGACCAAGGACGUCGACCCGAGCCCGGCGCCGGUCCAGCCGCUCGCGCAAGCUUCGAGCAGCACCAAGAACUCGGACCUCUUGGGCUUUGGUGCCUUUGAUGCCCCUGCGUCCAGCACACAGCAAGCGGCGCCGAGCACAUGGGAGACCUUCUAG